AUGACUUACGAUUCCUCAAGGCGUUAUGUGGAUCAGAGGCCUCUAGGCGAAUCACCCACUGGCACGCUCCCUGGCGCUCAGAUGACUUCUUACCUCUCCAUCCAGAAUGACACAGAUAUCACGUUUGCCAUCAAAUUGGGAACAGACACGGAAGCCGAGAAGUGGGCCAGAAUCUUCAUGACGGUGAUGGAUAAAGCAAGCAGUGUCGAAGGGCUCCAAGAACCUAUCGGCGUUUCGAUGGAUGCGCUGGCUAGUCUUGCGGAGAUGGCCGCUGUCGCACCAGGCACUGACAGUGCAUUUCGUACCCAAGUAUCGUCCUUGAUUGCCAUGCAAAUUACCAAGCAUGUCAAAAAGGUUGCUAACAUGCAGCUGCUCGAACCAGGCAAUAAUUGGCGUUCUGACCCCAUGAAAUGUGGAGAGUGGCUGAUAUGCCACUGCUUUGCAGCCCGGGUCAAUCCCAAAGAUUCCAGCCAGGUCCUGAUAGGCUCCGUGUACAUGAGGCCAAUCUACAGUGGUGAAACAUACACGUCCAUAAAUAAGUACAACAUCUCCGAUUGGGUCACCAAGGGUGGCUGGGUGGAUGUGAGAUCCAUUGUUCUCCCGCCAGAAGUCAUCCAAAUACAGACUCUACGCCGUGGCGGCACGGCUGGUGAAGAUACAGUGCAGGCUGGUGAAGAUACAGUGCAGGCUGGUGAAGAUACAGUGCAGGCUGGUGAAGAUUCACUGCUGUGAGAUACAGUGUGGGUGGUGGCCCUGGUGCCCCUGGCGGUAAUGCUGGCUGUAGUGUGGGGUGUGGAGUUGUAAGAUGACCCUGGCGAGUUCGCAGGUGGCAGGAGGAGAUAUGCAGAUCAAGAUGUGGGUGUGGGUGUUGUUGGAGGGGUGAUGCAUGUGUGUGGAGGGAGAAACGGGCACUUUGUGCCAUAGGCAUUUGCCGAGGCAUCUGGAUUAUAUACGAGGCAUUAUCACUCGGGGAACGACUUGGUCAUGGAUGUGGUCAUGCAGGGGCCCCCGGGGUUUCCUGUCAUAGAUCUGGUCAUGUUGCCUCAUGACCACUCAUGACGCCUCAUGACCAGUCAUGUUACCGGUCAUGAGGCAGAGUCAUGGUCAUGACAGUUGUCAUGCUCCUUAUGCAGCAUGACUGAUCAUGAAUUGCCACUCAUAUGUGUAAAUUCAGUCAUGUUC